CAACCACCACGGCCAGGCGUGACAUUCACCGGGUUGUCAGAGUAGGGGUUAGGUAAAAGGAGGACUUAUACCACCCCUGAGUCCAACCAACCCGUUGUCAAAAUGAGAGUACUAAAAGCGGGUCUCGUCUUGGGUAAAAAUCAUCUUUUGGCACCAGGAAGCGUCACUUUUAAAAAGUUGCUCAUAAACAGCUGUCGGACAUGUUCCUCUGGGGUCUUUCCCAACGAGAGGAUCCGCAACAUCGGGAUCUCUGCUCACAUCGACUCGGGGAAGACCACCCUGACCGAGCGUGUCCUCUAUUACACCGGCAGAAUAGCAGAGAUUCACGAGGUGAAGGGUAAGGACGGCGUUGGGGCCACUAUGGACUCUAUGGAGCUGGAGAGACAGAGGGGCAUCACCAUCCAGUCAGCUGCUACAUACACAGUGUGGAAGAAUCACAACAUUAACAUCAUUGACACACCAGGUCAUGUUGACUUCACUAUCGAGGUGGAGAGAGCUCUGCGUGUGCUAGAUGGAGCUAUUCUGGUUCUGUGUGCAGUGGGUGGAGUCCAGUGUCAGACCAUGACUGUGAACAGACAGAUGAAACGAUACAGCGUCCCCUUCCUCACCUUCAUCAACAAGUUGGACCGAAUGGGUGCCAACCCCAGCCGAGCCCUGCAGCAGAUGAGAACCAAACUGAACCACAACGCAGCAUUUGUAAACAUCCCCAUCGGCUUGGAGGGGAACAUGAGAGGCAUCAUCGACCUCGUAGAGGAGCGGAGCAUACACUUUGAAGGCCCUUUUGGUCAGAGCAUCCGCUAUGAUGAAAUCCCAGCAGAUUUCCGCACUGAGGCUGCAGACCGGAGGCAGGAGCUAGUGGAAUGUGUGGCUAAUGCUGAUGAAGUGUUAGGAGAGAUGUUCUUAGAAGAAAAAGUCCCAACAAACGCUGACCUGAAGGCUGCGAUCCGUAGGGCAACAGUGCAGCGUCUCUUCACUCCAGUGUUGGUGGGCACAGCCCUAAAGAACAAAGGAGUCCAGCCUCUCCUGGAUGCUGUCCUGGAUUAUCUGCCUAACCCCACAGAAGUCAAAAACUAUGCUAUCCUGAAUGAUGAAGAUUCCAGUGAAACAUCAAAGAUUCAAAUGGACCCUACAAGAGACUCUGAAAAACCUUAUGUUGGUCUGGCCUUCAAACUGGAGGCAGGGAGGUUCGGCCAGCUGACAUAUGUGCGAGUGUACCAGGGUUGCCUUAAGAAGGGGGAGUACAUCUACAACACACGCACAAGCAAAAAAGUCAGAGUUCAGAGGCUCGUGCGUCUUCAUGCUGACCAGAUGGAGGAUGUGGAUGAGGUUUAUGCAGGAGAUAUUUGUGCUCUAUUUGGGAUCGACUGUGCCAGUGGAGACACUUUUACAACCAAGACCAGCGCUGACCUUUCCAUGGAGUCAAUUCAUGUCCCAGAGCCUGUUAUUUCCAUGGCAAUGAAGCCUGCAAACAAGAAUGAUCUGGAUAAAUUCUCCAAAGGCAUAAACCGAUUCACAAGAGAAGAUCCGACGUUCAGGGUGCAUUUUGACACAGAGAGCAAAGAAACCAUCAUCUCAGGGAUGGGUGAGCUACAUCUGGAAAUCUACUCCCAGAGGAUGGAGAGGGAAUACAACUGUCCCUGUGUGAUGGGAAAACCCAAAGUGGCAUUCAGAGAGACGAUCACCAAUCCUGUGUCGUUUGAAUUCACUCAUAAGAAGCAGACCGGUGGCUCCGGACAGUACGGUAAAGUUAUAGGGGUCCUCGAGCCUCUUGAGCCUGAGCAGUACACCAAGCUGGAGUUUGAAGACCAGACUGUCGGAACCAACAUCCCCAAGCAGUUUGUGCCAGCUGUAGAAAAGGGUUUCAGAGGUGCCUGUGAAAAGGGACUCCUGAGUGGGCACAGAAUCUCAGGAGUUAAAUUUGUCCUGGAGGACGGAGCACAUCACAUGGUGGACUCCAACGAGCUCUCCUUCAUCCGAGCAGGAGAAGGCGCUCUAAAACAAGCUAUGGAAAAGGCGAACACAGCUAUCCUAGAGCCAAUUAUGUCUGUGGAAAUUGUGGCGCCUCAGGAGUUUCAGGGAGUAGUGAUUGCUGGAGUGAACCGUCGGCACGGUGUCAUCUCAGGACAAGAUGGAGCUGAUGGAUACUUCACUCUGUAUGCUGAUGUUCCACUAAAUGACAUGUUUGGCUACUCUACAGAACUGCGCUCAUGCACAGAGGGUAAAGGGGAGUACACGAUGGACUAUGCCAGAUACCAGCCCUGUCUGCCAGCCACACAAGAAGACCUGAUCCACAAAUACUUGGAGGCCACAGGUCAGCUGCCCGCCAAGAAGAACAAGUGGAAGAGCUGAAAACUGUCAAACCAACUCAGCUGUAUACUUCUGAACUCUGACAUGACCAUCUUCCCUCGUUUUCCUGCUCAUCUUUUAGUGUAGUUUGACAAUAAGACUCUGGUUGAAUGUGUCAGGAAAAACAUUCAAAUCUUCACUUGCAUUGUAUAAAUUACCCACCGUUUUCCUAAUGUUUGACCCCUCGUGGAAAACAUAUUUAUUAUCUUUAUUUUUUAGCACAAUUUGACCUCCCAUUUCUCCAGCCAACAUUUUGCAAGAUGGUAGAAAGCUCUGUGUUUUGACUUGAGCUUGUAAAGACUUUUGUACUAUGUACAGAAUGGUGUUGAUGUAAUGGUGAAUACAGCAAAGAUUUAUCUGUC